GAAACAUCCGGUUGUAUUUCAACUGAACACCCCUAACAAACAGAAUUAGGUCAUCAUAUUUCAUAUUUACCUUGUUUAAUUUUGUGCAUACUUUGACACAAUCAACGAUAACUUUGUUGUGACAAAUUUAGAGGGAAAAGGAGAGUGCUUUAUUUUGAAAUGUGAACAUAUCUGUGAGGAAACUGUUUCCGGACGUGUUGGCGCUAGUCUCACUUGUUGUACAACUACAUCAUUACGAAACAGUCCUUUUGUCAAACCCAUGAAGGGACUCUGCUGAGGCUAACAGUUUUGAUGCAAACGCAGUGAAAGGUCGGCCUUGGAAACCUGUUAUCAUGCAGGUGGAGGCUCAGCUGCGUUUGUGUCAGAACUGUUUUUGGUGCUGCAAGAAUGGCUGGCGAAUGCUGUCCCAGAGCUAUGCACACAGAAAACCUGUCAACUACUAUGACCUGUUGGGAGUCAAAUCUGAUGCUACCCUAGAGGAAAUCAAAAAUGCAUUUUUUCACAAAUCUAAAAAGCUGCAUCCUGACAGCGACCCGUCAAACCCAGAGCUGCACAGCCAGUUUGUGAAGCUGAAUGAAGCUUACCGCGUGCUGAGCAAAGAGCUGAGCAGGAAGGAGUAUGACUUCAAAAUUCGACGCCCAUACAGCGGAGGUGAGGUCUUCGGAUCUGCCUCUAGUUACGCCAGCAGCAAAAGUGCACAGGACAAUACUCACUACUGGGAGCAGUUCCGACACUCCCAGCCUCCAGAGAUGACAGCUGAGGAGAGGGAACAAAGGAGGAAGAGGAACUACCGGCUGGUCGCCUACUGUAUUGUUACAAUGAUGCUCAGCAUUGGAGCCCACGCGGUCUUCUUCAGGAAACUGGAAAAAGUUCACAAUAACUUCAUGGAUGAGAAAGACAGAGUCAUCACAGAGAUCUACAACGAAUCCAAAGAGAGAGCCAGGAUCAACGGUUUUAAGAAACAGACCGAGAUCCUGCGGCAGAAACACGCCGAGUUUCAAGAAAAAUACAAAAUGUGCAACAACGGGGAGGACAAGUAAGAGCCUCCAGCUGAGCUCCAUUGUGGUGGAGCGGCCUGCAGGUGGAGGACAUGGAGGGUGGCACAUUAUUCUUUUUUAUUUUAUUUUCUGUACCUGCAUUUGUUCUGAGAUAGGAUGCUGACACAACAAUAAUAGGUGAGGUGAUCUGGUCAUAUCAAUGUAGACUUCACUGAGCUGUUUAUACUCACCUCAGUGGACUAUUUUGCAGAUCUAUUUAUGUUUGAAGUGAUGCGAGUGAAAGGGAUCCGCUGCAGUUUGCACAAAAGCCUCCUUGUACAGAGGAGCAACAAUGAGUACCAUAAAAUGGAGACGACUUUUUUUUUGGCUUCAAUUAUUUGCUGAGAUUGUACAGUAUUUGAGGUGGUGACAGAUGCUACAGAGAUCUACAAAGAACCCUUUUUUUUUGUUCCUUUUUGCACCUUAUUGGUUCUAAAAGACACCAAUCGAUGUUCUUGGAAAAGUAUAAAAGCUUUCUGCAUUUGAACGUCUGGUUUUUGGUUGAGAAAACUUGGAAUGACCAAUAUUUAGAUUUGAAAAAGUGCCACUGGUUAACUUAUUGAUUGAUCUAAUAUGAAAAUGCUAAAUCUGUAAAAUGUGUUACUAUAAACUUCCAUAAACUGUUUUGCCUUUUCAUGUUUUAUUUUAUUUUUAUUUUUUCUUAGAGAUUUUAAAGAUUGUUGUUGUUUAUUUGCCACUAAAUGCCUUCUGUUUUCCCCGGAGCGUUAUCAGGAGAGAAACCAUUAAAAUGUCAUCUCUUUCCUAUCAGUCA